UGGGUAUAUUAUAACUAUAAGCAGUGUGAAUAGCCAGCAUUUACUAUAGUUCGCACGGACUUCAGGAGCACUGCAACUCUUCUUGGAAUUGAUCCGCACCAGCUGAAGUUUCAGACAAAAAAAAAGAUUAAUUGAUUACUUGUUGUUGCCAACAAGAUGGCAUCCAGGAAAGACAUUAAACGGAGGUUUGACGCAUUAUCCGAAGAGGACAAACUUCCUUAUAGACUGUUAGUCGCGAUCAAUCAGGAUGAGGUAGAAACAGGCACAGAGCUCCUGGUGUCUAAUGACAUUGACGUCAACUUUAGGAGUGAGUUGUUUUUUAAAGGACAUACUCUGCUGACACGAGCCGCUUUUCAAAGUCCAAGAAUGUGUAAACUUCUUUUAGAUCGAGGCGCAGACAUUAACUUGGGAGAAUCUAAGCACAAUGCAGCACCUUUAAUCUGUGCAGCGGAGCAUAACGCGGACUCCUGUAGAGUUCUACUGGAGGCUGGAGCUGAUCCCAACUUGCCUGAUAAUUCUGGUUCCAGACCGCUGCAUGCUGCUGCUCAAUCCAACCUGUCCGCUAUACCACUCCUGUUGGCUGCAGGAGCUGACGUCCAUGUUAGAGAACUGAGGGACAUUGGAGGGAGACAGCCUCUUCAUUACGCAGCUCAGAAUGAUCCAGAGGCAUGUAAGCUGCUGCUUGAUGCAGGUGCUGAUGUCAAUGCCCCUCUUGAUAGUGAAGAGGCAGAGACGGCGAUACUUGUCGCGGCUUCCAAUAAACCAACAUGCUGUCAAGUUCUGAUUGAUGCUGGUGCUGAUGUCAAUGUAGCAUUCAAUUCAACGGGCUGUACUCCUUUACACGAGGUCAGCCAUCCUGAUAAUGAUGCCAGUGUGGCCAAGGCUUUACUUAAGGCUGGGGCUCGUACAGAUAUCAGAGAUAAGACGGGUAUAGCACCACUUCACUUUGCGGCUAAGGGUAAUGCUGAGGUGUGUCAAGCAUUGCUGGAUGCUGGAGCUGAUGUUAACAUUACAACAGAAGGACCUGAACCAGCACUAGUGGGUUGGACCCCGCUUCGCAUCACAGCUAGCAUGGAUGAAGAGGAUGAUGUUGAUGGCUGUGCCAAGAUCCUGCUGGACCACGGAGCUGAUCUCGAAGCAAAACUUGAAGGAGAUAAAAACAGAACAGCACUGCAUAUAGCCGCUCAGGGGAAUGCCGGCGUAUGUAAGUUACUUGUUGAGGCUGGUGCCAACUUGGAGAUCACAGACGAUGAAGGUGAUACCGCAAUGCAUCUGGCUGCCAUGGGAAACACUGUUGAGUCUAUGGAGCAUUUGGUCGCCCAUGGUGCAUCGGUUAAUGUGGCCAAUAAGUCCAUGGAAAGCCCCCUUAAUACUGCAGUUCUCAGGAACAGUACGGACGCAAUUUCAUUUCUUGUUGACAAAGGAGCCGACAUGAAGUCAAGGAACAAGGAUGGUUGGACACCCCUCCAUUUUGCUGCUAUGAUACGACCCGAGGCAACCAAAACUCUCAUAGACAAAGGCGCUGAUGUUGAAUCUAAGAUGUCGAAUGGAAUGACUGCCCUGUUCACAGCAGCCAACGGAAACCCAGAAUCCUUGAAGAUAUUGAUAGAAGCCGGUGCCAACAUUAACGCCCAGUCAGAUGAUGGUUCCACACCUAUAUUUACAGCUGCUGAAAAACACGUCUCUGCCACCAGGACUUUGAUCGAGGCAGGAUGUCUUCUGGAUAUACAGGAUGCGAAGGGUCUGACAGCUUUACACACGGCUGCAGGGGAUAACCAUACAAUCUGCAAGAUGCUUCUCGAUGCAGGAGCAAAGUUUGAUAUUGCAUCUAAGGAUGGAACUUUACCAUUACACUGUGCUGCCAAAGAGAGCAAUGCUAAAUCAAUACAACAUCUGAUCGACAAAGGGGCUGAAGUUGAUGCUGUUGACAAUAAUGGCUGGACUGCUCUCCACCAUGCUGUGUUAAGAAGUGCCGAAUGUGUCAGGGUACUGCUCUUAGCAGGGGCCAUAGCGGAGAAAAAGACAGAUCUUGGUCUUUCAGCACAUGGUCUGUGUAUGCAAAUUGGUAAAGAUGCAGACGUCUUGGCUACUCUCCUGAGCAGAGGAAGUUACAAUGCUGCCGAGGAGAAGAAGAGGAAGAGGGAGGCGGGAGAAUCCGGAGGGUCAUCGUCUGAGGAUGAAGACUAGACCAAAGAAGGAUUGCCUGAAAUACUGAGUGGUAGCAAAAAUUGCGAACCAGUCUUCUUCAUCUUAAAGAUGCUAUGUCAGAUUUUUGGCCCCAAACAUUAAAAAAUAGAUUUUUUUUUGAGUGAAUGGUAUU